AUGUCUAAGCAAGUUCAUAGCAAUAUAUUCACACGGCGUGAAUGUAUCUCUAUUCAUGUUGGUCAAGCUGGUGUUCAGAUCGGUAAUGCCUGCUGGGAAUUAUAUUGCUUAGAACAUGGUAUCCAGCCUGAUGGUCAAAUGCCAUCUGAUAAAACUAUCGGAUAUGGCGAUGACUCUUUCAACACCUUCUUUAGCGAAACUGGCGCUGGCAAACACGUCCCACGUGCAGUUUUCGUUGAUUUAGAACCUACCGUUGUAGAUGAAGUUCGUACUGGUACGUACAGACAACUCUUCCACCCUGAACAACUUAUCAGUGGUAAAGAAGAUGCUGCUAAUAACUACGCUCGUGGCCAUUACACUGUCGGUAAAGAACUCGUCGAUCAAGUACUUGACCGUAUCCGUAAAUUAGCCGAUAUGUGUACCGGUCUUCAAGGUUUCCUUAUCUUCCACUCUUUCGGUGGUGGUACCGGAUCUGGAUUCUCUUCUCUUCUUAUGGAACGUCUAUCAGUCGAUUAUGGUAAAAAAUCAAAAUUAGAAUUUGCCGUAUAUCCAGCUCCCCAAAUCGCUACGGCCGUAGUCGAGCCAUAUAACUCGAUCUUGACUACUCAUACUACUUUGGAACACUCUGACUGCGCUUUCAUGGUCGAUAACGAAGCUAUCUACGAUAUCUGUCGUCGUAAUUUAGAUAUCGAGCGUCCUACUUACACAAACUUGAAUCGUUUGAUUGCGCAAAUCGUAUCAUCUAUCACCGCAUCAUUGCGUUUCGACGGUGCCUUGAACGUCGAUUUAACAGAAUUUCAGACUAACUUGGUACCAUACCCACGUAUCCAUUUCCCGCUUGCUACGUACUCUCCAGUUAUCUCGGCCGAGAAAGCUUAUCACGAACAACUUACUGUUUCUGAAAUUACAAACGCUUGCUACGAGCCCGCUAACCAGAUGGUAAAAUGUGAUCCUCGUCAUGGUAAAUACAUGGCAUGUUGUUUACUAUACCGUGGCGAUGUUGUACCUAAAGAUGUUAACGCGGCUAUCGCUACUAUCAAGACCAAACGUACUAUCCAGUUUGUAGAUUGGUGUCCAACCGGUUUCAAAGUCGGUAUUAACUAUCAGCCACCUACUGUCGUUCCAGGAGGCGAUUUAGCUAAAGUACAACGUGCAGUAUGUAUGUUGAGUAAUACUACAGCUAUCGCCGAAGCAUGGGCUCGUUUAGAUCAUAAAUUCGAUUUAAUGUACGCCAAACGCGCUUUUGUUCAUUGGUAUGUCGGCGAAGGUAUGGAAGAAGGCGAGUUUUCCGAAGCUCGUGAAGAUUUGGCAGCAUUAGAGAAAGAUUACGAAGAAGUGGGUGCCGACUCAGUCGACGAUGAAGGCGAAGAAGGAGAAGAUGAAUACUAACUAUUAUCAUCUUUUAAAUAAUUCGACUUAAAAGAUAUUAUUUUGGGGGUAGUAUAUAAAGUCUGAACAGUGUCGCCUUCAUAAUGUAAUGUCUUACAUGUCGGAAUAAGAUAUCCUUAAAGUAUACCUAUAUCGACAUAAUACUCGUAUACUAAUAUUAUCGGUCACCUUCAAUAUACGGUAAUUCUUCGUAAAAUUAAAACGCUCUAUGAUUUAGAAAUCAUAGUCUGGAUCGGCUAAGCUCAUCGUGAUUUGAUUCUUAAGACUCUUGAGAAUUCUAGUUUUACAACUUAAAUAUUAGUAAUUUCGUUGUUUUAUUUAUUCUGUAUUUAUCAAUUUCUACUUAAA